UGGAAUUAUAAGAUUAUGGAGGGGUGAAACAUAGGUUGGAGACUUCAGUUAACCGCAUUCGUCAUUCGCUUGGCGGCGAAGACGAUCCGUCCGAAGGAGCUGGACUCCAAUAAGAAACGAGUUGUGAUUCAUACGUAUAUGGAACUGUAAAUCAGGCGUGUAUAUCUAUUAUCCAAAAAAAAAUGGCAACGCAAGAGGAAAUCGGUAUUGGAGAUUUGGUUCUUUUGGAUGAAAUUACAUUGGAAAGAAUUGUGGAUAAUUUACGAGUAAGAUACAAUGGCGGUAAAAUUUAUACAUACAUUGGAGAAGUAUGUGUCAGCAUAAAUCCAUACAGAAGUAUAAAUAUAUAUAACAAUGAUUAUAUUAAUAAAUAUAAAGGUAGAGAAUUAUUUGAGAAUCCACCACAUAUUUUUGCAAUUGCUGAUGCAGUGCAUAGAGAAAUGAAACAACAACGUCGUGAUACUUGUAUAGUAAUCAGUGGAGAAUCUGGUUCUGGUAAAACAGAAGCAAGUAAAAUUAUCAUGAAAUAUAUUGCUGCAGUUACAAAUUUAAGUGGUCAACAAGAAAUAGAAAGAGUAAAAAAUAUUCUUAUACAAUCCAAUUCAAUAUUGGAAGCUUUUGGGAAUGCAAAAACAAAUAGGAAUGAUAAUUCAUCUCGAUUUGGAAAAUACAUGGAUAUAGAUUUUAAUUUCAAAGGAGAUCCAAUUGGUGGCCAUGUUACUAAUUAUUUAUUGGAAAAGUCAAGAGUUGUAUAUCAGCAAAAUGGUGAACGGAAUUUUCAUUGUUUUUACCAGUUAUUAAAUGGUUGUAGUGAAGCAGAAAUAAAUAAAUUACGUUUAGUACGGGAUCCAGCAGCAUACUAUUAUGUUUCUGCUGGAAAUUUUAACAAAGCUAGUUCAACUGACAAAAGUGACUAUAAAACAAUUACUUCUGCUAUGUCUACACUUGGAUUUACUCAAAAUGAAGUACAAACAAUCUGGAAUGUCAUUGCUGGCAUAUUACACUUGGGCAAUAUUACUUUCAAACUUAUUGACGAUAGACUUUUCAUUGAAAAUAGAACUGCUUUAAAUGAUACAGCAAAUUUAUUCUCUAUCAAUGCACAUGAAUUAAGUACAGCUCUUACACAAAGAGUUAUUGCAGCUGGUGGAGAAGUUAUGCAGAAAGCCCACACUUCAACAGAAGCAGAAUAUGGUAGAGAUGCCUUAGCUAAGGCUAUAUAUGAAAGAUUGUUUACUGAAAUUGUAUCUCGCGUUAAUAGUGCAAUUAAUGUAAAUGAUACAGAAACUUAUAAGAGAUACAGAACAGUAAUUGGAGUGCUUGACAUAUAUGGUUUUGAAAUUUUUGAUGUAAAUAGUUUUGAACAAUUUUGUAUUAAUUACUGUAAUGAAAAAUUGCAACAAUUGUUUAUUGAAUUGGUAUUAAAACAAGAACAAGAGGAAUAUAAAAGGGAAGGUAUUGCAUGGCAAAAUAUUGAUUAUUUCAAUAAUCAAAUAAUUUGUGACUUAGUAGAACAACCUCAUAAAGGAAUGAUAGCAAUUAUGGAUGAAGCUUGUCUUAAUGUUGGCAAAGUUACAGAUGAGAUGCUUUUAGAAGCUAUGGAUCAAAAAUUACUUGAUCAUAAACAUUACACUUCUCGACAGUUAAAGCCAAUGAAUAAAGAACUUCAACAUAAAAUUCAGUUUAAAAUUAAACAUUAUGCUGGGGAUGUAAUAUAUAAUAUUAAUGGCUUUUUAGAUAAAAAUAAAGAUACGUUAUUUCAGGAUUUUAAACGUUUACUUUAUAAAAGCAGUAAUCCAAUAAUUAGCAAAAUGUGGCCUGAAGGUGCACAAAAUAUUUUGAAAACAACGAAGAGACCUUUAACAGCUGGAACUCUUUUUCGUAAUUCAAUGAUAGCACUUGUUAAGAAUUUAACAAACAAAGAACCAUUUUAUGUCAGAUGUAUAAAACCUAAUGAAGUUAAAUCACCAGUUGUAUUUGAUGAAGAAAGAGUAAAUCAUCAAGUACGAUAUUUAGGUCUUCUCGAAAAUGUAUUAGUUAGAAGAGCGGGUUUUGUGUAUCGUCAACGAUAUGACACAUUUUUAAAACGGUAUAAAAUGAUAUCUCAAUACACUUGGCCAAAUUUUAGAGGUGGAAAUGACAAAGAUGGUGUACGUACAUUAAUGGAUGAAAAAGGUUUUAGUAAUGAUGUAAAAUAUGGACACACUAAAAUAUUUAUUCGUUCACCUCAAACGCUUUUUGCAUUAGAAAAGGCACGUAGCAAUUUGAUCCCAGGUAUUGUAAUAUUAUUACAAAAACAAUGGAGAGGAUAUUUAUGUCGUCAAAAAUAUAAAAAAAUGAAAGCUGUCCUUAUCAUAAUGAAAUACUAUCAAAAAUAUAAAAUGUAUACUUAUAUUAAAGAAUUAGAAAAAACGUUUCGAAAUGCAAAAACAAUGCGAGAUUAUGGUAAACAUUUACCUUGGCCUCGUGAAAAUUUUGCUGUAAAACAUAUAAUAUUUACUUUAAAAAUAAUGUACGAAAGAUGGUGGGCAUGGAUGAUUCUUAGACUUAUUCCUAGAGAGGAUUGGCCUCAGCUACGAUUAAAAAUGGCUGCGGGAGUAGUUUUGCGUUCAAAGCGACUUUAUUGGGGACAAGAUAGACGCUGGGAAGGAAAUUAUCUUUCCAAACCAGAUGAAAAUCCUCUUAGUGAUAUUUUUAACUCUUCAAUAAAUAAUCUUCGCAAUACUGAUCAUUUCAAAGCAGUUCUAUUUAGUGCAUUUAUUAGAAAAACCAACAGAUUUAAUAAACCAAAAGAUCGUGUAUUGGUCGUUACUGAACACGCAAUAUAUAAACUUGAAAGUCUUAAAUUCAAAAACAUGAAAAAAGGUAUGCCAAUAACAGAAAUAACAGGUUUAAGUGUAUCACCUGGAAAGGACCAGCUUAUAACAAUUCAUUCAAAUCGAGGAAACGAUUUUAUUAUGUCAAUCAUUGCAAAAGAUGACAGAGUUGGAGAACUUGUUGGAAUUUUAAGUAAUAGAUACAAUCAAUUACGUUCCGCUGAUUUACAAGUUACAGUGGAUGUAAAACUUAAAUGUAUGCUAGGAAAUAAGAGUAAAGUACUACGAGUAGAAGUACAACCUGAAGUUGAAGAACCAACAUUCAAGAAAGAUGGUGAAAUUAUCAUAUAUGCCAUUCCGCCAUCAAUCGGCAUAAUUGAUGGAAGUGCUAAUACAAGGUUACAAUCUAGAACCGCCAAUUAAAACAGUACUUCAACUGCCUUUUUAAUAUUUUAUCAUAAAUAUUAAAAUUAAAUUAUUCUAUAUACUAAUGUUUUUACAAAAAUAUUUUUGUGGAAAUAUUUUUUUUAUUCUACUAAUGUACAAAUAAUAUUAAAAACACUAAUAGACUCGUAAGUCAAAAACAAACGACAAUACAGUAAUUUAAUAACAAAACAUUUUUAGUGCAAAUAUGCGAGCUACAAAUACUAUAUCGAGUAAUGGAAAAAAACUCUCUAAUUGAGAGAUUAUAGUGUAUAACAAAACUAUUUUGUGUAAAUACGU